UGUGCGUCUCGCCUUAAGACCUUGAAUGUUUCAGAAUUUUCGUUCAGUUCAAUUAGGAAUUUAUUCAAGUGCGGAUGUGUUACAAUGACUUCUGAAAAAGACGAGGGUUCGAGCUUCGAAGCAGCUUUAGAAAGAACUGGUAAUGGGCUCUACAACAUCCUACUGGUGGCGACCUGCGGGCUCAUUCUCCUGGGCAUCGGAGUGGACCUGUUCGGCUUCAGCCUGGUGGUGGUGGCCGCUUGCGACCUGGACAUCAAUACCACGCAGAAGGGGAUACUCACCUCGCUGCCUUUUAUUGGCAUCCUCAUAGUCUCCUAUCCGUGGGGCUACAUCUCGGACACAAAAGGUCGUCGUUUCUCGCUAAUAAUAUCCGUGCAAGUCGCAUUCGUGCUGUCCUGUCUCGCCAGCCUCGCUCCCAACUGGAUAUGCUUGGGAGUGAUCAAGUUUCUCUCUGUUUGUUUUUCUUGUGCGGCAAAUUCUGCAACGUACACCCUGGUCGGCGAGUCUUGUAUGCAACGAGUGAGAGGGAAAUACGUGCUGAUUAUAACGUGUCUGCUGAUCCUUUCUCCGGGAUUUGCUGCAGUUCUAGCCUAUCCAACACUCAAGCUGACAUUUAACGUUGAUAUCCCCUUAUUAGGGAUUACAUUUACCCCAUGGAGAUUCUUAAACAUUGUCCUGGCAUUACCAGCUGGAUUGGGUGGUGUUGCCAUAUGCUUUUUCCACGAAUCUCCCAAAUUUCUGGCAAGCUGCGGUAGAAAAAAGGAAGCUGUACAUGUACUAAAAUCUAUUUAUUCUAUCAACAACGGUCGGAAUAAACACGAUGAACAGCUCGCCACCAUGAUGCUAGAAGCGCCAGUUAUAAAGAAGCACAAGUCCCUCUUCCACGCCAUGCACGAGCAGAGCGCGCCGCUGUUCAGACUCCCGCUACUCUGGAGGACCCUGCAGCUCUUCUUCAUCGUCUUCGUUGUGUAUAUUACCAAUAACAGCUUCCUGGUCUGGCUUCCAUUUAUCCUCAAUGUGGUGCGAGCCUCACUGGAUUCCGCCACCGAAUUUACGGACCUCUGCCAACUGAUCUCUACCAAGAGUAGUGUACCUGUAAAUAGUACUGGUUUCGACAAUGCUACGUCUUCAGAACCAAUCUGCCUUGGCUACGUAGAAAACAACACGAUAAUCACGCUAGCGAUGUCCCAAUGUACCUUUGCUUUCCUAAACUUUAUAAUUUCCUACCUGAUGCCCUGGAGAAAGGUGGUGCUUCUGACCAUACUCUUCCUAUCUGCGCUCAGUGGUCUGCUAAUUAAUAUCAUGCCAGAACCUGUAUCUGCUGUUAUAUUUGUUAUGGCAUUUACUGGUACGAAUCUGGGAAUGGGUAUUCUGGCGUCGUAUUUUGUAGAUUUGUAUCCUACGUCUUGUAGAGGAAUGGCGACAUGCCUUAGCAUCAUGGUGGGCAGAACCAGCGCGUUCAUUGGUAUCAACCUGAUUGGCAACGUCAUAUUCACUCAUUGCCACUUCACUUUCUACUUCUGCUCUGUGCUGGUGUUCAGUAGCGUGGUUGUAGCAUGGUUCCUUCCAUCGGAUAAGGCCGCCAUUCACGCACCGCGAGCCGAGCCCCAGGCUGUACCAAUCCUUGGAAAAAUCCGUCAUGACCCACACACUACACGAGCGCCGAGUUGCAGUCCAGACGACUGUGAACUUUGUGAACAAACAACACAACUGCGAAAUGCGAAGGCGAAUGACUGACAAGUUCACCGACAAAUCACACCGGCGCGGCUCGGGUGCAGCGCGGAGCUCCAGCGGGUGGGCGCGCUUGUGAAUGGUAGCCUUUAGUGUAAACAGGCGUAGAGUAUUCUUUCGUUGUUCUUAGUGCGUUGAAAAGAUUAUAUUCAAUGUUCUAAUAAUGAACAACACUGAGUUAUCGUUGAUACUAAAAAAUCACGAAAUAAUACUCUUGCUCUAGCUCUAUGUUCGUUUGAUCUAAAUGUACCGUUAGGGAUUGUCGAUUUUUUGUAGUAAGAUGAAUAUAUUACAGUGCUUAAUGAGCCAUGUAUAAUUAGAUAAAUUAUUAUAACAUGAAGUAAUUUCGAUGUGAUUAAUAAUAAUUAUGUGAAAAAAUUCAAAAGUUCACAGUUUUGUACAAAAUAUUAAGCUCAAACAAAAAACGAUGAAAAAUCCAUAUAUUAUUUUUAUAAUAAAAGACGUUAUUUUUACUUACAUAGGGAGAUACAUCGGGUGUGCAACUUGACUGUGAUUUUAUUUUUGUAAAUAGGAUAGAAGAAACAAGCCAAUUAAUUACUUUUUAGUAUUAAUGAAUAAUUUUGUAAGAAAUUUGAUUUGGAAUAUUGUAUGGAAUGAAAUGUUUUGCGUUUUUGUAAAGUGAAGAGAAAUAAGAAGUAUUUUUUUAACUCUGUGGGGUAAAACCCAAUUAUAUACAUAUACUGUAUU